AUAUCGAGAACGCUGUAUCGUGGUUCUAUCCGCAAACUUUCUGAUUGUACGACAAAAUGCCUCCUAAAGCCAGUGGCAAAGCCGUGAAGAAGGCCGGUAAGGCUCAAAAGAAUAUUAGCAAAACUGACAAGAAGAAAAAGCGUAAGAGGAAGGAGAGCUACGCCAUUUACAUCUACAAAGUAUUGAAGCAAGUACAUCCGGACACCGGAAUCUCCAGCAAAGCUAUGAGCAUCAUGAACAGCUUUGUCAACGAUGUAUUCGAGAGAAUCGCCGCGGAAGCAUCGAGAUUAGCGCAUUACAACAAGCGCUCAACGAUCACCUCUCGGGAGAUCCAAACGGCUGUGAGACUUCUGUUGCCCGGUGAAUUGGCGAAGCACGCAGUCAGCGAAGGCACGAAAGCAGUAACCAAGUACACUAGUUCCAAGUAAAUUGGAAUUGACGACAAAAACGGCCCUUUUCAGGGCCAACAAAAAUUCGAACGUUGACUUUUCUCUGGAUUUCGUUUCUCUAAAAUUUUAUUCUGCACA